AUGGCUGCCACUACUGCUGAAAUUGUGUGGUUACAGCAGUUGUUGACAUAUCUCUCCUUUCCUCUUGUCAAAUCUCCUCUUCUUUACUGUGACAAUCUGUCUGCUAUGGCCCUAUCUACUAAUCCUAAUAUGCAUUCUUGUGCUAAGCAUAUUGAAGUUGACUGUCACUUUGUUCAUGAGAAGGUCACACACGGUGAAAUCCAGCUUCAACAUGUUUCCUCUUCUCAGCAAGUUGCUGACAUCCUAACCAAGGCUUGUGCUAACCUCAAUUCGAUUAUCACUGCUCCAAUCUCAUGCUCAAGCCUCUCUCCCAUGAUCUUGCGGGGGGCUAAUAGAGUAUAUCCACGUGUCACUCUAAUUUUUUAG